AUGGUAUUAAACAGGAAGUUUUAAAAACAUCAAGAAACAUUAGAUCUAGACUUCAGUACUCUAUAAAUAACAGAUCCUCCAAAUUCAAACUAUAAGGCCAUCUUAUUCACUCUAUUGGGAACACACACUAAGAUAAUUGAUAUCAAUAACAAUAAAAAGUAGAGUUUUAUACUUAAAGUAUUGACUACAUAGAUUCCAGCCCCAGAAUACGAAAUCCAUAAGAAUAUUUUGACUCAUAAAGUGGAGGUACUAGGUAUCAAGGAUAAAACCUUGAAACAGGAAAUUGAAAAUGGUAUCUUAGGAUUUGCAAAUACGUUGUCCGAUUGGACAAAUAAUAACAUGUGGGGCACCUCUGAGUAAUUCUACGCUCUCCACUUUCUAGCCUAUGUAUUUUCUAAGAUAUCAGGACGAUUCUAUACUAACGGCUACUCUUGCUUUUUAGAUUUUAGCGCAAAAGACCUACAUUUUUCUAAAUAGGAUUCUGAUCCUAUUUAAGAUUAUUAUGCUGAUUUGCCAGUUUAAUCGCCUAGAUACUUUGCGAUUACAGUCAGUGAAAAAUUCUUCUAAGAAUUCUUACUUGAAUUCUUUAAUAGAAAGAAGAGAUUGAAUUUGCUUGAGUACAUGGAACUAUUCCCUGAAUUUGAUGGCUAUUCUGAAAGUAUGAAUGUAUUUGAAGCUUCAGACUUACUACCAGAUUUAAUGAAACGAUUCUCUGGAGAGGAAAGAAUUAGUUUGGAGUUCAACCCUAAGAACCCAAUUUAGGAAGGUGUAGAUUAUUCCAAGAAAAAUAUCAAAGUUAAUUUCCACUAAAACUCGGUUGAUCUACUCAUUCCUCUUAUCUUUGAUAUUGUGAUUGGAAAGACUCUUUUUACUUGGGAACCUAUUGGAUAAGGAUACCUAGGAAUUGGUGGUAUAACUUAAAUCAAUCAGUUUAAAGAUGGAUCAUUAAAUUUCGAUAUAAAAUCUAAAAUAAGACUCUAAGAGCUAUACAUGACAGAUACCGAAACCUAAAAACGUAUUGAAGAUAAUGCAAGCAUUAUAAAGGUAUUAGGAAACUUAUUCAUAAAAGAAAACCUAUCUCCUCCUCAAACUUACCAUGCUGAUCCAAAGCUACUCCUUGACUUAAAUUGGGGAAACUUCAACAUAGUUGAGUAUUUAGAAAAGAAAGUUAAAAUGAGAUUCAUCGAAGGCUACUUUGAAAUGAUAGUAGAUGAAUUAGAUACUGACAAGUUUCCACAAGAUUUAGGACUCGUCAAUAAAUUCGGAGGAGUCAGUGGUGGAUUUAGUCACGAUCAAAAUAAAAGGAAGACUGCAUGGGAGAAUAAACAAAAGAGAUUAGAGAAAGAGGCUAAGCUUAGGGAGGAACAAGCUUUAGCUGCUAAAAAUUCAAGCUCUGAUCAAGUCAGCCAAGAAACUCAGUGA